AUUUUGAGCAUAACAUCUGUGGAAUUUACAGACAUUAUCGUAUCUGAGAAAAAUAUUUCCCAAUUAUUCAUUCACAAGUAGCCGUUAAAAAAAAAACCCACAUACUCAAGAAUCUCUCUUUAUCCGCCAAAAAUGGCGGCUGCUGCAAAUAUUUCACUACAAUUCUCAUCUUCACUCGUCCAUGGCGAGACGAAGCUCUCAGCAUCCUCCACUCUUCUUAUGGGUGCCCCGCUCGCUUCGCGCAGCCCUUGCCCUCCAUAUGAUUUAAAAAUGGCAAGGCCACUUGUUAUUCAAUCGAAGAGGUUAUCGGGCUUGGAGGAGUCCAUCAGAAUAAGAAGGGAGCGUGAGCUACAAACUUCAACUACGUCUAAAAGAAGGCCCGCUUUAAGGCGCGGAAAGGUAUCCCAACGUCUGCCUGUACCCGAUCACAUCCCAAAUCCGCCUUACGUUGCUUCAAAAUUGUUGCCAGAAAUUGCAAAGGAACAUCAAAUUCACGACAUGGAAGGCCUCGUUCGCAUGAGGGCUGCAUGCGAGCUUGCUGCUCGGGUUGUUGACUUUGCUGGAACAUUAGUUAGGCCUUCAGUGACGACAAAUGAAAUCGAUAAAGCUGUGCAUCAAAUGAUAAUCGAUGCUGGGGCCUACCCUUCUCCAUUAGGGUAUGGUGGCUUUCCUAAGAGUGUAUGUACAUCGGUUAAUGAGUGUAUGUGUCAUGGCAUACCCGAUUCUCGACAAUUGCAGGAUGGUGAUAUAAUCAACAUUGACGUCACAGUCUACUUAAACGGUUAUCAUGGAGAUACAUCAAAGACAUUUCUUUGCGGCGAAGUGAAUAAUGCAAUGAAAAAGCUUGUAAAGGUGACGGAAGAAUGCAUGUAUAAGGGCAUUGACGUUUGCAAAGAUGGUGCUGUGUUUAGAAAAAUCGGAAAAAAAAUCAGUGAACAUGCUGAAAAAUUCGGGUUUGGCGUGGUGGACCGUUUUGUCGGACAUGGCAUCGGGACUAUUUUUCACUCCGAGCCUCUCAUUUUUCACCACAGUAAUGACAAGGGCGGCUGCAUGGUUGAAGGGCAAACGUUUACCAUUGAACCUAUUCUUACGUUGGGAACCACGGAUUGCAUAACCUGGGAAGAUAACUGGACUACGCUAACUGCCGACGGCAGCCCUGCAGCACAGUUUGAGCAUACAAUUCUCAUUACAAAAACCGGUGCCGAAAUAUUGACGAAAUAUUGAGUACAGAGAAUCGUUAUAAUGAGAGAGUGGUUUCGAAUUAGCAGUUUUUAGUUCCAAAAGAUCUGUACGAUAUUAUCGAAUCGUUAUUUUUAUAUUGAAAAUCGAAGACAAAACCGAAGCUGGUCGGUUAGGAGUGGUGGACUUUCAAAAUCAUUCCAGAUUCUCACAAAAAAGUUCGGGUCUUCUUUUUUGAUCUCCGAUUACUCGAUAAUUUCCACGAGCACAAAUUCGUCGAUCGGAAAAAAGAAUGUCAGAGGAAAAGAAAAAUACAAUGUAGUGGGAUUUAUGCUAAAAAUAAUAUAAUGAGGUGGAUUUUAUGUCAUAAACAGAUGUUAAUUAAUUUUGUAUAAAUGGAAAAUCUACAAAGAGAA